AGCCCUCUCCCUCCUCAGACUUCCCUCUCCCAGGUCCUGUGCUCUCUUGGCCCCCUCUUAGCCACGCCCCUGUAGUUUCUUUCUGUAGUGUCAGCUUCCCCUUAGAAUAUUAGUUAUGGUUCAUGCCUUCUGGUCUUUUGUUUUUCUCUUAGGUCAUUUUCCUUUGUUACAGCCUUUCAUUAUUUAGUGUGUUUUUUCCCACCAGUGUUUUCUUCCUCCUCCCUGAGUUAGUAAUUGUGUUCACCUGCCCUCUCCCCACACACCUGCAAUUCAUCUCCCUCUCAUCUUCCCAGUCUAUAUAAGCCCUGUCUUGUCUCUGUGUGGUUGUCGGUCCAUUGAAUUGUUGUCAGUGUGUGUUCGUGCUCUGUCUGAGCUUUUUGUCUCUAGGUCUUAGUGAGCUUUUUGUCUCAAGGUUUUUGGUGCUCUAAGAGAGCUUUGGGUGUCCUGUGCUCCAGGACUUUUGUCUCGCUGCCUUGGAUUAAUUUUUGUUCUUUCAUCCUGUAAAUAAAAUUAUUUUUACUUUGAAUCAACUUCUGCCUCCUGUCGUCUGGGUAAUCUGCAUUUUUGGUCCUAAACAUCUCCUCAAUGUGACAGACGUUUUUGGAUUUUUGGAUUUAUGUUGAAACAUUUUAGACACUGACUGUAAUCUCUGGAGUUUGUGUUGUAAAGGAGCCUGAGAUCAUAGAAAUUCGAAUGGGAACAGAAGACCACCCCCAUCAUAUAGCGCGUGCACACCUUCACGUCAGAGAGAGAGAGAGAGAGCAACAUCUGGAUCUUCCAGGUUAAAGAGUCGGUUCAACAUCCAGACGCAUCUGCAGGUUCCGAAUGUCGCAGCUCCCUGAAUCCGCUCCACUUCUCCGCUUGCUCCUCGUUUCUUUUCGGAGUUGAUGACUUUUUAAGCCCCGGCGCGUUGAGGAUGGCAGCGUCCACAGACUCGGGACAGGGCGCCUCCAAAAUAACUCCAGAAGUGCUGCAGGAGAUGCUCCAGUACUACAACCUGAGCCGCCAGGAGUUCAUCAGCACCUACAACAUCCAGCCGCUCGUCUACAUCCCGGAGUUGCCCUACAGCGCCAAGACCACGUUCGUGAUCAUGUACGUGGUGAUCUUCGUGCUGGCUCUGGCCGGAAACAGUCUGGUCAUCUACAUAGUGGUGAAGAAGCGGGCGAUUCAGACGGCCACGGAUAUCUUUAUCUGCUCCCUGGCGGUCAGCGACCUGCUCAUCACUUUCUUCUGCAUCCCUUUCACUUUGUUGCAGAAUAUUUCUUCUGAGUGGUUCGGUGGGGUUCUAGUUUGCAAGACUGUUCCCUUUGUACAAACCAUGGCCAUAGUCACAGGCAUCCUGACAAUGACCUGUAUUGCUAUUGAGAGGUACCAAGGCAUAGUCUUCCCUCUGAAAAUGAGGCGCCAGUACUCGUCUAAAAGAGCAUACAAGAUGUUAGGGCUUGUUUGGAUUGCCUCUGUGAUAGUGGGUUCACCAAUGCUAUUUGUGCAACAGCUUGAGGUGAAGUAUGAUUUUCUGUAUGACCACUACCAUGUCUGCUGUCAGGAGAGCUGGAGUUCACUGACGUACAGGCAGGUGUACACCACCUUUAUUAUGGUGGCUCUUUUCCUGCUCCCUUUGGCUGCCAUGCUCUUUCUCUACACUCGCAUCGGCAUUGAGCUGUGGAUCCGCAAGAGGGUUGGCGAUGCUUCUUUCCUGAACACAAUGAACCACAGGGAGAUUGGUAAGAUUUCCAGGAAAAAAAAGAGAGCUGUUAAAAUGAUGGUUACCAUCGUACUCCUGUUUACCUUUUGUUGGGCACCUUUCCACACAGUCCACAUGCUGUUUGAAUACAAUGAUCUGGAGAAGAAAUAUGAUGGCGUGACGCUAAACAUGAUCAUCGCCAUCGUUCAGGCCAUCGGAUUCUUCAACAGCUUCAACAAUCCAAUUGUGUAUGCCUUCAUGAAUGAAAACUUCAAAAAGAGCUGCGUCUCUACUCUUUCUCGCUGCAUUCGUAAGCCGAACCAACAGGGUGUUGUUGCCGUGGCACCAAGACUGAGCGUGCAGUUCAUCAAACCCCAAAGCAGAGAGGCCUUCGUAAAUCCAGAUGAAGGUAACAGCUCAGAGCAGCGCUCUGCAGAGAAAGGUGCUUUGUGUUCAUCGCAUGGGGAAAGCUCUCUGGAGGUGAUGGGAGAGAAAAUUUCAACAAUCCAAACAGAGCUCCCUGCCAACAGUUCGUCUCAGGUGAAAUGAGACAGCAUUCUCUUGAUGUUCAGAUGUUUUUCUUCGGGAACUCAGCAGACGCAAGCAGCUGGGAGGGAGGCAAACAUGAUUUCAAGACUCCAUAGCCUGGCAACUUUCACUGUUUUCACUUCAGCGCAUGAAGUUGGUGAAUGUGUUUUCACACAGGUCAGGAGCACAGCAGGAAAACCAUCAGGGUGUGUUUAGUCCUAAAGAUGCCGUCUUUCUGUAAAUACUGGGAGCAUCAGGAACCACGCUGACACUGAAGCAGCAGUCAGUGAUCAAAAUGUUAAAAUCUCGUGUGUUGUCCCAUUUUUUAUUGAGUGUUUAUUGGCACGCUGCUGUCUCAAUCAGCUCUAUGGUAUUCUGUUGCAGCAGUAGCUACUUGAAAAUGACAGAAAUGAUAUUACAGCCAUGCUUCUAGCAGCAAAGGGCUGAGCCUGAUUCUCUACUGUGAUGCUUGUGUUGAAACCAGCUAAGGUCUCUUUUUAGUUCAGGUUCAUUCAGCUGCAAAAGGUUAACUUUUUUUUUUACCUUAAAUUGUUUUAAAUUCCCUUGUGUCCUCUGUUAACACCAGUUACUUAAAUCUAUUUUAUGAAAAGCUUUUAUUUUGAUAUUUGAGCACAAACUAAAAGCUUACAUAGUUGGGAGUGUCUUAAAAAUGGAAAUGAAUGUACUUUCUGCUGUCAGCUGCUGAUAAAAUAGGCCUACUAAACUGAAUUGCAAACAUUUUUAGCCAUAAAAAAGGGGUUUUGCAUUAUUGGUUUAAAACAAAGCACACUUACACAACUGCCCCAGCAGAGAAACAAAAACCAGAUUCCUUAAUGUAUUGUUCUGUCUCUGAAGUAGUCAGUUUUGUUUAGCUCCAUAGUUUGUAUAUUAUAUGAUGUUAUGUUAUUACAUAUAGUAAAAUAAUGUUUGUGUUUCAUGUGAUUAUUUUAUUUGUAAAAUAAAGCCUAUUUUGAACAUUUUUAGCUUUAUGGUGCGUUUAAAGUUGGGAAUUUGGCAGAAACACAACUUAGUUAUUAUAUUUUUUCAUUAUUUCUACAACUGUGACUUGACAGCUUAUAAAAUGGUCACCAAGGAGAUACUGUUCAGCAUCUGUUCAUCUGAGCCAAUUCAACGCAUGAACAGAUUUCGCAUUUCACAUGGAAAAUAACACUGCCACAAAAGUGAAAACAGCUGGCUUGGCCCACAAGAGGAAUAAGAAUCAAAUAUCAGGCAUUUUGUAAAAGUACUAGAUGCACAGAUCGAUGGGAUACAAGGGGCCUGGUUGCUGGCAUUCUGGGUUUCCUCAAGACGGUUCGUUGAAAUUGAAAUCUGAGCGCAUUCCUUUUAUAAUCUGAUUGGGUGUUCUCUUCUAGACCGAUAAUGCACUAGACUACAGGACAAAGGAGGUAGUGAAUGAAUUUCAAAGUAUGGAGAGUGUCAAGUCCUGCUCCAGGAAGGCCACUCCUGCUGUAGGUUAAAAGGUUUCUCUUCUUCUCUCCUGAUUUUAACGGAUGUGUGGUUAACAGGCUUCCCUAGUACUUGAACACUUGGAACAUGAUUCAACCAUUGAAUCAGGUGUGUUGGAGCGGGAAAGCAAAUACACACGCAGAAUAGUGAUCUUCAAGAUGGAAUAGAAUAUACUUUAUUGAUCCCACAGUGGGGAAGUUCUAUUGUUACAGCACCACCAACAAUUAGAAGAAAAAUAAUGAAGGUACAUGUGUAUACAAAUAGGCAUUAAUCUAGUAUUUUAACCUUCAACCACUAAAAAUCAUGAAUAAAAAUGAAAAAAAAUGUGGAUUCCAGAACUAUGAAGCAUACUGCAAAAGACACAGACAUGCAAUGUAACUCUGCUAUAGUAUUGAACACAUACACAUACUGAGUAAUGUACUGAUAUUAUUGUGUAACAGGAUAAUGCAAGUACAACAUAAACUCAGGAGUUAUACACUCUUACAGCAGAAGGGAUGAAUGACCUACGGUACUGUAGGUCCAUCUGGGAUGUCUGAGUUUACCUCUGAAGGAGCUGUCCAUGGUCUCCACAGUGGAAUACAGUGGGUUUUGAAGAUGGUGGUCAUCUUCCCCAGCACCCUCCUUUCACGUCUCCUCAACUGUAUCCAGUGGGCAGCUUAAGCUAGCUUUGUGAACUAGCUUGUUCAGUCUCUUCCCGUCUUGGUCAGACCUGCCUGCACCCCGGCAGACCACAGCAGAGUGGAUAACAGAUCCAACUACAGAUAGGAAGAUUUUAGCAGCUGGGAAUUAACUCAAGAGCCAGGAUUGGACACCAUUGACUUUAAGUCAUCAGAUCUCAACCCAUUUGAGCCUUCCUUUGGUUAAUCUCAUAGUUCCACAGAUUUACAGAGUUGAUGGUAAAAUACAAUACAGUUGGUCUUUGAUGGUGGCCAAAAAUCUAGAACAUGUAUUUGUACUUUUAGGAAAAAUAAAUAAAUAAAAUGAAUCUAAAUGUUUUCAAUCAGGGGCUGCUGUUGGCAACAGUGAGUUAGGCACCAGUUCCCCACGACCCUAUAAAGAGAAGAGGUUCAUGGACAGAUGGAUGUUUCCGCUCCAGCCUUUGCAAAAAGCAUUAAAGAUCCACUACUUUGCUUGACUUCAUUGAAUGCUUCCGCUGGAAUGAUGCUACUUGCUUCUGCAACUGGAUGAAUCAGAUGGUCAAUUAAGACAAACACUAUAAGACAGCAGCACUGAAUUAAUGUAUAGGGUUAAUGGGGUAAGUACAUUUUAAAGCCUUGUUACAGCCUGGCUCGUGGGACUGCAACAAAAGGAGGUCAGGACACAAGGUUAAUGUUUAAGAGCAUUUUUUUUUAAAUUAAAACCAAGCCUCUAAAAGGCCUCACCAAAAAUGCCACACAGGCAAGAGCUACCAAAGGUGCUCCCUCUGAUCAGCCUCGACUGAUCCUGCCGAGUCCCUCCAACUUGCACUUAGCAGCCUUUUUGGCUGCACAGGUGCAGCCACUCAAAACCCAGGCUGCACACAGCCACACAAAUAAUAAAGCAGAAGGGCGUUGGCAGAAACAUCUGAAGCAGCCAAUCAGCUGGUUGCACUGGCACAGCAGUCCCCUAAGAUGAUGGGUUCUUGUUUUCUUCCAUUAGCGGGGGUUGUAACAAGCCUACACAAGGCCAACAGCCACACUAUCUGAGUGUGUAGUAGCUCAGGAGGUAGAGCGGGUUGCCUCAUGAUCGGACGGUCAUGGGCUUGAUUCCAGCUCCUGCCAGGGAUAUUCUGCUAUUGUGACCUUGGGCAAGACACUUCACCCAGCUUGCCUGUGCUUGGGGUGGUCAGAGGGGCCGACGGCGCCAAAUGACAGCCUCGCCUCUUAUCAGACCGCCCGUGGCUACAAAAUAGCUUACCAUCACUGGCAGUGUGUGAAUGUGAGAGUGCAUGCAAGCGUCUUUGAGUGUCCUAAAAAGCACUAUAUAAGUUUGAUGUAUAAUUAAUCCAAGUGGAUCAUACAGAAAAUGUGGCUGUAUUUUGGCGUUGUAUUUAGAUAAAACAGCAAACACUGAAAGCUAAACAAUUGCAGCAUGAUUCGUCUGUAUCCAGCAUUUCAAAGGGGAAGCUGCAAAUGCUUAUAUUUUCACCGAGGCAGUCAAACUACAGUUGGGUAACUUCAGGGAAACAAGGGGACUUCACAUAAAGAUAGAGGAGACAGCCAUCUGACAUGGCUGGGGUGCACAAAACAAGCAGCACAUACAAAUGCCAUGAUGCACUUAUUAGUGUGGGAAAUAAACAGUUUUUAUUUCAGGUUUAAAAACUCAGUUUGAAAGCAUCCUGAAUGAGAAUUAGCAGGGUCUUACUUUAUUUUUGACUUAUCACAGCAGAUGUGUUUUCUGACUUUGCUUGAGUGCUUAACUACCGUAUUUCACUGUACUACUGAUUUUGACUAUUAAUAAAUGCUAAAUCAACGUUACUUAUGAAUCUGGGCCAAAGCGCUCCGCAGGUGUCCUUUGUUUCUUAGCUAAAAUACCAAAACAUUCACUGGUUUCGUUUUAACAAUAUUUAUUAAAGACAUACUAUGCAACAUUUCAUAUAUUUAAAAUCAUUUUCUUGAGUGAUCGUGUGCUAAAAUGACCCUUUACAGCACAGGUGUCAAACUCCAAUCCUUGAGGGCCACUAUCCACGUUUUAAUUUUUCCCUGUUUCAACACACCUGAUUUCAAUCAGCAGGUGAUUAACAGGCUUCUGGGGAGUUUGAUGAGCUGCUGCACAGGUGAAUCAACUGUUAGAACAAGGAAACAACAAAAGUAUGCUGGAUAACGGCCCUCAAAGAGUGGAGUUUGACACCCCUGCUUUACAGGGUUAAUGAAAUGUCACUCAGACCCUCACCACCCUCAGUAGCCAGAAUAACACACUUGCAACUUCAGAGUAUCCAGACUGCUGCCUGUUGGACUUAGUAAAGUGGAGAUGACAUGCCUGGAGCUGGAGUCUGC